AUGUCCACUCUCGAAAGGAGAGCCCUUGAUUUAAUGUUGAGAAUUGAAGAGGCACGUCGAUGGAUUCAAUACAUGAUAUCAUCAUCAUCAUCAUCAGCAUCACCACCACCACCACCACCACCACUGACAACAUCUUCACAACAACAGUUACCAGCAGUUGUUACUCUGUCCAACAACAACAGCAACAACACCACCACCACUCCAUCAUCUUUCAAUCAUGACAACAAUAACACCACCACCAAUAAUAAUAAUAACUCCACCACCACCACUCUGAACACCACCACAACAACACCCUUCUUCUUCUUCUUCCCUCCCAAUGUACUUUGUUUUGCCAAUUAUUUACGAGAUGGUGUCAUUCUCGCUCAAUUAGGUAAAAUUCUCUCUCCUUCUUCAGUGACUAAAAUUCAUCAACACAAAAAGGGAAGUCUCUUACAAAUAUUAGCUAUUGAAAAUAUCAAUCAAUUUUUCAAAGCAUGUCAAGAGAUUGGAUUUCCCAAUGGAUACAUGUUUCAAAUCAAUGACUUGUGGGAAUAUAAAAAUAUAUUCAAAGUUGUUCAGACCAUUCAUUCACUUUCCUUGUAUUUGAGUAGUCAACGACAUCGAUUUGGAUUCGAAGGGAUUACUUCCAUUCAUUAUCGAUUUAAAUCGAACGAGGAUCAGAGUCAGAAGGAGGAUGAAGAGGAGCAUGAGGAGGAGCGAAGAGAGCAUGUUGUGGUUCCGAGCAAUAGUAUGGUCACUCUGACCACCACCAAUACUACUACCAAUACUACUACCAAUACUACUACCAAUACUACUACCAAUACCACCACUCCCACUUCUUUGACCACCACCAAUACUAGUACCACUCCAACAUUGGAGGUGUUCAAUCAUGUGCAUUCCAUUCUUCACUACACUGAUGAAGAUGUUAAAAUUAAUAUGGAACAUUUAGAGAAAUUGAAUGAUGCGAGUAGAAACUAUUAUUCAUCAUCCUUACUGAAGAGUAUGAUUCAUAAAUUGAACAAUAGUAGUAGUACUACUACUACUAUCACUCAUUCAAAUACUAGUAUUGGUAGUAGUAUUGGUAGUAGUAAUUGUACAUUGGAUCAUUCCAACAACAACAACAACAACAAAUGGAAAAACACAACUACUACCACCACCACAAAAACAAACCAAGUGUCAGCAACAACAACAACAACAUUAAAAUCCUCCUCCUCCUCCUCUUCCUCACAACAACAACAACAACCACCCUCUGCAACCACCAACACCAACACCACUUCUACACUUUCAUCAACCACUACCAACACCAACACCACCACUCACCUUAAUGCUACUUCCUCUUCUUCUUCAACUACUACGAUCUCUCUUACCAAUAACAAUAACAAUAACAACAACAACACAAAUACCACUACACCAUCUUCAUUGAGUCAACAACUCUCUCCAAUGGAUGGUCACAGUGGUGGUGUAGUGAUACCAAUUGGUAUCGAUGAUGAUGAUGAAACAAGUACUUGUUCAAGUCAAUCCAAUACAUCUUCACUCUCUGCCAUCAUUUCACCCUAUACAGUGGAUAUUGAUAUGUGUUGUAUUGAUGAAAAUUAUGGAUGUGGAAAAUAUUUAUUCAUGUUGUCGUCAUCGUCAUUGUCAUCUUCAUACGAUCAGAAUCAAUCAUCGACGAUGACUCCAUUUCAUGCAGGUCAAGAAUAUGCAUUUCGAUUGAUUGCCAAAGAUUCUGAAGGAGAGAGAAUUGAAAUUGGUGGAGAGACAUUUGUUGUGAAAUUAUUUUAUAAUCAUCAUCAUCAUGAUUGUGCUCAGAAUAUUAAUAGUAAUAGUAAUAAUAGUAGUAAUAGUAGUAGUAAUGGCAAUGGAAAUGUAGUAUCCCCUCUUCUGGUGGAAUCCUCCUCUUCCAAUAAUACUCGCACUUCUUCUUUGGAUCCCAUUGAACAAAUGUUCUCAGAAAUCAUUCAACUCUUAGAAGAUCCAACACUCGUAGUAGUAGGGAACAAUCCAAUUCCAUCCAAUGGAUCUCAUGAACCAUCAACACCACCACCACCACUACCAUCAAUGACGUCCAAUACUACUAUGAAUACUACUACUAUGAAUACUACUACUAUGAAUACUACUACUAUGAAUACUACUACUAUGAAUACUACUACUAUGAAUACUACUUCAUCAUUUAAGGAUUCUUCUCUCUUCAUUCAAAUUCCAACACUCACAGCUGUCAACAGGAUGAGAAGUGCCAGUCGAAUUGGACCAAAUAUGAGCAGUCCAACCACUUCCACCUUUUCACCACGCAAGUCAUUCCUAUUAUCAUCAUCAUUAUCAAACACUACUACUCCUCAAAUGUCCAUUCUUCUCAAUUCCAAUACUAUGAAUACCACCACCACCAACACCACCACUACUCCUACUUUUGACAACAAUACCAACACCACCACACCAAUCACAACAACAACACGCAAGUUAGUGAUCGAAGGAAAAGUGGAAGAUUUACAUAACGGUCUUUAUCAAGUCACAUUCACACCUACCAAAUCUGGAAUUUAUUCACUUGAAAUUUAUCUAGUCACGGAUGCAUCUGAAAAUUCUUCGACGAGCUCAAAUUCACCACAAUUAUUAUCCAUCACCACCAAUCCAUCCACAACAACAACUACAAGUAUCACUCCCACCACCACCACCAACACGAUUCAUUCUUCUUCAUUGACACUACAACUUGUUAAAUGUUGUCCUCUCUCUAUUCAUGUUCAAUCAAGUCCAUAUUCAGAUCCAUCCAAUUGUUUAGUCUGUGGUAGAGGUAUUGAGAGUAGUGUUGCAGGUGUGGAAUCUGUAUUUUAUUUGUAUUCAAGAGAUAAAUUUGGAAAUCGAGGAUUAGGAAAUGAAAAAUUUAAGGCUCAAUUGAUCAUGUUAAGUAGUAGUACCAAUACCAAUACCAGUGAAGAGGGAAACAGAAAUAACAAUUCAAAUAACAUAAUUCCAUGUCAAUGCAAAGAUUAUCAAAAUGGUAUCUAUGAAUUUAAAUAUUCAUGUCCAAUGAGUGGAAUCUAUCGAUUGACCAUUUCACUGAUUCAACAAGAAGAACACAUUGUGAAAAUUCGAACCAUUCGAGUCCUUUCAUCCACAACCUCCACAACCUCCACAACAACAACCUCCACAACAACACUUCCAACAUUCUUUGAAAAUUCACAAUCACCAACAACCAUUCAUCCAUCAUCUCGAGGUUGUGGUAUUAUUCCUAAUAUUCCCAAUACUACUAUUAUUUCUAAUACUACUAUCACUCCUACUGGUACUCCUACUGAUACUCCUACUACUUCCACCAAUCCUACUUCCACUCGUAUGAAUUAUUUCAUUGAAAGUUUCAUGAGUGAUCAUGUAAUGGUCAUGGUCAAAGAUGUUGGACAGAGUGAUGCUAGCAAGUGUGAAAUUAUUACUCCUAUUCAAUCAUUGUAUAGAGCUAGCUCUGAAUUGCAAUCUUUUAUCAUUCAAGCAAGAGAUCGACAUGGUAAUAGGAGAUCAUCAGGUGGAGAAUUAUUCAAAGUCUAUUGGAUUGAUCAAUUAAAAGAAUCAUCCUCUCAACCACAGCAAUCUCAACCACAUCAUCAUCAACAACAAGAAUUAUUAGAAUUGAUCGAUCACAACGAUGGAACUUAUCAAGUCACAUUUAGUAUUUCACAUGCCUCUAGAUAUGAAUUAAUUGUAUAUUUAAAUGAGAAUUUGGUGUGUCAAAGGAGUGUCAUUGUGGUGGAUAGUGGUCAUUUAGAUCCGACUCAAUGUAAAUUAAUUCAAGUCAAAUCUAAUCAUCAUGAUGAUGAUGGUUGUGAUAUUCUCAAUAAGAAUCUUUUGAUUCAUAACAUAGAUAGUAUGAAUAAUAAUAUUCAUCCUAGUACCACUACUACGACGACUACUACUACUACGAUGAACAACAUGAUGUGGACGAGUGUGGCUGGUCAAUGUAUGGAUUUUAUCAUUGAAUUAUGUGAUGAAUUUGGAAAUAAGCUCAUUCAAAAUGAUCCUAUCGAUUACAGUGGAUGUUUUAGUGUGGUAUUGACAUCCAAAACCACUCUAGAACAAUAUGAUCUUGAUCAUGGUGCACCAUGUAUUAGCAAUAGUAGUACUAGUAGUAGUAGCAGUAGCAAUAAUUAUAAUAAUAACAACAGUACAAGUAGUACUACUAUGACUAGUACUAGUACUACUACUAUAAGUACUACUUCUAUGGACACUAUCCAUCAUCAUUCUAGAAAUCCGUGUCCAUGGACAAUGAAAUGCAUUCAAAUCGAUACUUGUCAUGUUCAAAUUUCAAUCAUUGGUACAUUGGCUGAUAUCUAUACCAUGGAAGUCAUUUAUUCAGAAGAAGAAGAAAUUCACACUGAAGAGGAUCGAUCUAUAACCACCACCACAACAACAAGCACUCUGACCACCACCACCACCACCACCACCACUCCUAAUCAUUCAACUCAUCGAUUUACCAUUCAUGGAUUUCCAUGUGAUUGGACUGUUUUACCUUCUAGUCAACACAUUCAUGAUAUUCAAUUAUCAGGUGAAUGUUUGAAAUGUUGCAUUCAACAUGAAAAAUCUACAUUCCACAUGAUCUUGAAAGAUAUUUAUGGAAAUAUCACAGGUGUACCUCAAUCACAGACUUGUCAUGUUGAAUUGGUACAGGAGAUGAGAAGAAUUCAAGAAAAUAAUUCUUCAUCCAAUGAUUCAUGCAUGCAUGUUGUUGUUCCAUGUUCAGUAGUAGAGUGUGUGGUGGUUCCAAAUGGAAUGGAUGAUGAUGGAUGGAUGAUGAUGGAUGGUAUGGUCCAUCAAAAACCAUCACCAUCACCACCACCAUCACUACUGCCAUCAUCACUUGUCUCUCAUCACCAAGGAGGUAGAUAUUAUUUGGCUCAUUUCACACCCACUCAUUCUGGAACAUUUCAUAUUAAGGUCAAGAUUGGAGAUUCCAUGUUGUGGCCACAUGUUUCAUCCAUUUUCAUUCAACCACGUAUUCUUCCAAUCAUUAGUGAUGGUAGUAAUAACAAUAGUUAUAGCAAUAGCAAUAGUAGUAGUAGUAGUAGUUCGACUCUGGUUGACUCUCAACAGGUCUUGAUUAAGAGUAGCAACAAUUACAACAACACGAUCAUCAAUUCAACAACGAGUACCACUGGUUUGGACAUGACAACAAGUGUUAUGACUCCCUCUUCAACUCUUUCAAAGGAUUCAUCAGUCAUCACAUCAUCCACUAGCACCACAUUAUCAUCAUCUUCAUCAUCAUUGACAACAACAACAACAACAACUCAAACCAACCAUUCAAUCAUGUCUUCACUUUCUUCAUUUUCAGAUCGUGAUUUAUUAGUGAGUAUAGGUUCAGCACUCUCUCUUGAAAGUGAAGAUGAAACAUUAAAUGAAGAAAUGAAUUUAUUACGAAAUCAAUUAGUGAAACAAAUUAAGAAUAAUACACGAAUUGAAAAACAAGUCAGAGAUAUUGAAAGAAGAAUUCAACUCUUAAUGAAUAAUCAAGCAAAAUUGGAACAAGUUUUACAAACGAAGGGUGGAUUGGUGAGAUUUAUCAUUUCACGAAAGAGAUCGAGUGAAAGUGCACUUGGAGGUCAUUCACUACCAACACUACAAGUACUAACACCACUACAAGUACCAACACCAACACCAUCACGUGAGACCCAUGAGAUGACCAUGUAUACAACAGGUACUACUACUACUACUUUAUUGGAGGAUUCGAAGAAUAAUACAAACUCUUCAACGACGAGUACUACUCUUGCUUCUACCACCAACACUACUUCUACUACAACGAGUACUACUCCUCCUCCUCCUCCGAAUAGUAAUAGUAAUACUCAUCUCCUCUCUCAAGAAGGUGCCUGUACACUCUUCUAUUCUCAUUUAUUUUACAUUUUACAAACAGAACCCAUUUAUUUGAGUCGUCUCUUGUACAUGGUACCUUCGGACAAAUUGGAUACCUUUUUAGAGUCAGUCAUUUUAUCCUUAUAUGGUUAUGCUUUUAGUGCCCGUGAAGAAUAUUUAUUGUUGCGAUUAUUCAAUCACACCUUACAGAUGGAAUUGGAUCAUUCCUCAAAAGUGAGUUCCUUUCUCUCCUCGAAUCCUGUUCUUCCUAAAAUGAUUCUCACUUAUGGACGUCGAAUUGAAGGUAAACGUUUUUUACAGAAAUAUCUCUUUGAACCAUUCAUUGCACCUCUUUUGGAAGAAAAAGAUUUAACACUCGAAUUGAAUGCUGUUAAAAUAUUGAAAGAACACAUUUCAAAACAAGAAGUUGAGACUGGUGUGAAAUGUGGAAUUAAUUUACGUGAAAUUACCUAUGAAAAAGCCAUUCAACAUGAUUUUAUUCGACGCAUUGUUGAGAAUCGUGUUCGUAAAUUGAGUGACAUUUGUUCGAAUAUUUUGAGAGGAUUGUGUGAACAUGUUCAACAGGUACCUUAUGGACUUCGAUGGAUUUCUAAACAAUUUAAUACUCUUUUAGAAGAACAAGUUCCACAUUCAACACCCAUUCAACGUGCCAGUGUGAUUGGUUAUUUAAUUUAUUAUCGAUUUUGUAAUCCAUCGAUUGUGGCAUGUGAUGCAUUUUUAUUGACACGAAAAAAAAUUUCUCUUUCCAUGCGUAAUAAUUUGGUGAAUAUUUCCAAAGUAUUAACAAAUUUAACGAAUAAUGUCUUGUUUGAUAGCAAAGUAGAACAACCCAUGGUCGUUAUGAAUCAAUGGAUCAAAGAUCAUCAACAAUAUUAUAUGGAUCAUUUCAUUACUCCAUUGAUUGAUGUGGAAGAUCCUGAAGAGGCACUUGGAGUUCAUCAAUAUUUGGAAUUGACUCAACGUCAAACUCCUUCCAUUACCAUUAGUGUGAAUGAUUUGAUACAAACUCAUCAAUUGUUGUGGACUUUUAGGGAUCAAAUUUGUUCAAGUCCAUGUGGUGGUGGUCAGAGUGGUAGUGCUAGUGGUGGUAGUGGUCAUCUUUCAGGUGGUAGUGGCAUUUCAAGUGAGAGUAUUGGUAGCAGUGGUAAUAGUAGUAGUGAUAAUGGUAAUAGUAGUAGUAGUGGUAGUGGCAAUGUGGAUCCAUUGAGAGUUCAAUUGAAUCUAUUGGGAGAUCCAACACCCAUUCAACAUUCCAUUGUGAUGAAUCUCUUGUGGACUCAUCAACGCAACAAUAGUUUGUCUUCAAGUCAACAACAUCCCUCAUCAAGUUCCAUCAUCACCUCCUCCAUCACCUCCUCAUGGUUACCCUCCUUUCACACUCAACAAACUCACAAAGAGAAUCCCACUACGACUCAUCAUCACAAAGAGAAUCUCUUCUCUUCUUCUCUACCACCUUCUUCACCUGUGCAUUUGUCUGUGUCCACACCACCACCACCACCACCACCACUAAUACCACCACCACUGCAGCAGCAGCUAUCAUCCUCCACAGUGUUCAACAAUAACCACCAUCACUCUCAUCACUACCACAACAACAAUUUCAACAAUAACCACCAUCACUCUCAUCACUCUCAACAAUUACAUUCAUCCUCUUCUUCAGGAGGACUAAUGUCAGAAGAAAUUCAAUUGAAACUCAUUGUACCAUCCUCUCAAUUGGAUCAAUAUGAACAAGAUUCUACCAUUUUAGAAUCACCUCAGUAUAUUUAUGAGAGAUCCAAAAAUAAUUUGAAAUCUAUUAUAAGAAAUGUGACUAGUGACCAUUUGAUUGUCGAUUCCAUGAGUGAAACAUUACACAAUUGUGAAGAAUAUUUUAAGAAGAGAAUGUCUGCGAGUAUGAGUAGUGACAUGACCACCACUCUCAGUGAAGAAAAGGCAAGAAAAUUGUUCAACAAAGUACAAGAUUUGAAACGAGAUUUGAUGAAAUUAGAAGAAUUGAAAAUACUUGUUCCCAAAGAAACGACUACCAAAUAUAGAAAGUUACUCAUGGACAUUAUUAAGGAAAUCCAAAACAAAAAAUACAUGAGAGAAAAACAAAGAAGAGAAAUUCAACGAUUACAAGAUUCUCUCACUCAACUCACAGAACACUAUCAAUUCUUGAUUGAGAAAACAAAAUCACUUCGAGAAUUUAUUGAUGAUUGCAGAAAGAGACAAUACGAAACAGAUCUCAAAAAUAAGAAGAAAAAGAAUACGAUUUACAAAUUCACAUACAAACAAUUGCAUGAUAAGAAUAAGGUGAUUCAUGAGAUGCAUCAUUUACACAAAACGAAAAUGACUUUUUAUAUUGCCAUGAAAGAACCAGGUGUAUUUCGUGUGGAAUCGAAAUUAGAUCAAACCACAGUGGGACAUUUUACACUCAUCAUUGAUGCACUUUUAGAUGCACAGGAAAAGGGUCAACAUUUAUUGAGUGUUGAUGACUUGAUGAAAGAGUAUGUCAAUCAUUCACAACAACAGAAUCAUGCAUCUUCAGCAUCACCACUACUACCUCAGUCAUUGGCAUCAUCCACAACAUCCUCUUCAACAUCGACUUCUUCAUCCUCAUUGAUCACCACAGCAUCAGCAACAACCAGCACCACCACCAGCACUACCACUCAUGAACACGAAGCAGAAUCUUCUCAUGGUGGCAGCCAUUCUGCAUCAUCACCACGACAUUUGAAAAUUAUUCUUAAUGUGGAUAAUACUCUGAAUGUGUUGAAUAAGCUCUUUGCAACAACAAGUAAUCAUUGA